AUGGAUCAAGCAUCCCUGCGCAAAAGGCGUCACAAGAGUUUCGCGGGGUGCUGGACGUGUCGCGCGCGAAAGGUCAAGUGCGACGAAACCCGGCCGAGGUGUGUGCAGUGCAGCCUCAAGCGGCUCUCCUGUGAGGGCUACGAGGUGAGGCUGCGAUGGAUGCCUUUGGAAGUUGCAUCUCACGGAUAUUGCCAUGAUGGGAGUAGGCAAUCUGAGGAUGACUUGGGCCCUGGCCAGCAAAGACUUCAGCGAAGUCUUGUCAUUUGCAAUGAAAAUGUAGAAUCUGCUCUUCAGCUGUCAGAGCUCGAUGAUAUCUUUAGCCAGAUCGACAGCUUCCAGGGUAAAAAGGAUCACUCACACCACAGCCAGCUCUUCUUGUCCAGCUUCGGUGUUUUUGACCCAUCCUAUACUGAACAAGGCUACCAAGACGACGGUACAUUGCCGUUCUACGCCACGGCACCGCCUCCGGAGGAUACUCCGCCGUCUUUAUCUAGCAAUUCUUUCGCUGACUCUUGGGAGCCGGAAUCAAGUCACGAGGAAUAUCUUCCACAUGCAUCCGUCCCUGCAUUCAACCUGACUGGUUUCGGGGCCCUUCUUCAUGCUCAUGAGGCCUCGGUGAGUCUCACGUCAUAUCAAGAGAGCGCAGCCAUCACUCUUGAAGAUAGCAUUCAAGAUAACACAGCUGUAAUUCUUCGAGAUCGGCCACCCGAGAGUCCCGCUACUUCAAUAACAACAGCGCCUCCUGAGAGAUUCAACUACUACACCUCAUCCUCCCAGCACCCUCAACAACAAGACGGCCGCGCACUUUGGUGGAAAGACACCUCCAACACCAUCAUCCACAACCCCGAGCCCCUCCCCCUGCCCACCCUCGAACGCUUCCUCCUCAACCACUACGUCCACCGCGUUGUCCACCUCUUCUGCGUCAUCUCCUACGAGAAAUCACCAUGGAAGACCAUCCACCUCCCGCGCGUCCUACAGUCCGCCGGUCAGCUGAGUCUACACGGCUCCUCGACAAAGGUCAGAGAGGCGUUGCGGGAUCGCGCUGCUGAGCAUCAGUGCGUUCUACCUGGUAGAUUGAUAUCCGCGAGAGCAGGGUGUGAGAAGAAAUGGAGCAUAGGUUGCGAGGUAGCAUGCGGUGACGUUUAGGGGUAGGGCGAUCAAGUUGUUGAAGGAAACGGUGGAAGGGUCGACGCCGCAGUCCAGGCCCAAGUAUAAGGAACUGUUGGCUACGAUGCUGUCGCAAAUCACCAUCAAUGUGA